AUGAGAUUGAGGGUUCAUGUGGCGCUGCUGGCGCUUAUUAGCCUGUGUUGGGCGCAUGGAGACAUGGAAAUGGAGAUGAGCGGUGGCGACAAUGGGAUGGCGUCGAUGAUGGGCAGCAAUGAGACUCUGGUGCCGGUUCCGCACGAGCCUAAGCAUCUACACGGUUUGCCUAUCCUGCAGCGACCCGAUCUGACUGCGGCGGAAAGACUUUACUGGACGGAAUACAACACUACGACGUUUUUCAACACGGAGCUUGGCAACAGGGCAGCCUUGAAGUACCAUGCGGGGAGUCUGUUGGUGAGCGCAGUGUUCGUGUAUCCGGUUUGUUUGGCACUUAAUAGCAUCGGUUCUUCGUGGUUUUUGCCCCUGCUGUUUGUGAAUCUGGUGUUGACUCUGUCGUCAUUGUUGGCGCUGAGUGUGUUUUCGACAAGCUUCCCGUACGACUGGUAUCCGAAGAACGCCUACAGGGCGACCUCGUGGAUCCUGCUGGUGCUGGUGGUGGUUCACUUUGCCGCGGCGGUGAUAUGCCAGGCAUCGAAGUGGUUUAUCGGAGGCGAUGCAGAGAUUGAGCAGAAUUUUUUCAUUCCGCUGGAGUACUACAAUGAGGAGGGAUCUUCGACGCCGCAGACUAACAACGAGGAGUCACGGCUGGAGAACGACCAUACCGAGUCGACGCAGAGGGCUGACGCUGGUAACAAGGACUCGAUCGACCUGGAGAGUCGGUCGUUUUCGGGCACUUUUAAGUCGAUGAGCUCUGUGAAGCGCGAUUCGUUGCUGAAUAAAGUGUUCUCCAAUGGGUUGAUCCAGUGCUUCGCUAGCAAGUUCGGUACGUUUGCAUCGCUUGUCUUUAGCGUGCUCAAUUACCCGUUGUUGAUGUAUCUUUUCAUCGACGUUACGAUGGGCAUCGCCGUAGGUAAUUUACUUGGUAAGGGCGCUCGUAUCUUCAAUCUGCUGGCCCACUGGAUCAAGGGCGGCGUCUUCAUCUGUCUCGGGCUCGUAUCACUGGCAAGAUAUUGCGGGUUUGGCAGACACAAUGGUUGGGCCUGGAACAAAGUGAUCAUUACCAAGAAACAGUUCGCUCGCAAGAACCCUACCUGGAUCCGCAGAAUGCUUACUCCUAAAGGUAUGAUUACAAUGGAGGGCAUCGAAUCGUUCUUGAUCUUCUUCUACGGCUCGACAAACAUCUUCCUCGAGCAUUUGGCCGCUCCGGGCGGCCCUUGGUCGGCUAAGGAUCUGCAGCACGUCUCGAUUGCCUUCAUGUAUAUCGGCUCUGGGCUGUGCGGUUUGCUUUCGGAGAUAAAACUUAAUGACUGGAAGUUUAACCACGCCCUGCAGCACUCGGAUGAGGUCGCUGAGGAAGAUGUGUAUGCUGGUUCUCCCGGCUACUCGCCAAACCCAUUCCCAACAUUUACUAUUUUUUGGACAGGUAUCCUGAUGUCGCAGCAUGCUCAAGCCUCGGAGACUUCCACCACAAUUCAUGUGCAAUGGGGGUAUCUGCUCUCGUAUGGCUCUUUCUUCAGACUGCUGACUUUUGUGCUAUUGUUUUUGGUCCCAAACAAGAACUACGAACCUUCCAAACCCUUCACUGAACUCAUUACCUCGUUUUGCCUGCUUUGCGGCGGUUUGAUUUUCAUGGAAUCCACUGAUCAGGUUAUAGAAGCCAUGGAAUAUCGCGGGUUCACGCCAAUGUUUAGUUUCAACAUCAGCGUCGGGUUCAUCACUCUGGUGAUGGCAUGGGAAAUGUCCCUCUUCCUCUGGAAAAACUGGCUGCAGAGACGUCAACACCGAAUCAAUUGA